AGAUUUCGUCAGGUUCCGACCUUUGGCAAUGGCAUAAUCCGAAAGUCUGCAAACAAUACUUCAGAGAUGAAAAGGUUAGCAGCAUGGGACUUCGAAGAUAUCUUACAGUGUGCUAUCCCAGUUUUCAAAGGGCUGUUCCCUGCUGAUCAUGAUUUAGUUGUACAGUCUUUGCUGUAUCGGUUCGCGCAGUGGCAUGCACUUGUCAAGCUCAGGAUGCACUCAGGCUCUAUGGUAACUUUUCUUGAAGAUACAUUCAAGAACCUCUCUUGGAUGUUGCAAAAAUUUCAAUGCGACACCUGUGCUACCUUCAAUACUAUGGAGUUACCAAAGGAGAAAACAGCUCGUCAACGAAGGUUUGCUCAACAGUCUGGGACUAAUGUAACUUCUGCAGACUCAAGCAGACCAAGGGCAAAGAAAUUUAACCUGAACACCUAUAAAUUCCAUGUGAUGGCAGAUUAUGCAAGAUCUAUCAGAUUCUUUGGGACCACGGACUCCUUUACUACUCAAAUGGUAUGUAUGCAUUGUAUUUCCACUAUCUAUGCAAGUUAA